GAAGCAAAUAAUUAUAUUAAUCGGUAUUUUACAGAAAUCACCAAUAGUCCGAACCAUACUAAAGAUUCACUGCAACUUUUCAUAUACAUUUGGACUUGUAGAAGUGGAAGAGUACCACCACACGCAAAAGCCGUAACAGCCAUCAAAAACUCAUUUAAUAAUUUACCGUAUCACUACUAACUAACAUCUAAAUUAAAACUACUUUCCCAAUAGCUGUUACGUUUGUUAUGCAUGGAGCGGAAGAUGGGAAGAACAAUACAAUAGACAGUCACAGUGUCAGUCAGCUGCGUCACUUACGUCACUGUCAGUCGAUAAAUAUCUACGUAAAAUAAAUAUAUUUUGUUAAUCAAACUAAAUCAGUUUAGCUUGAAUCUAACGCCUACUUUCGUAGUUGUUGUGCAUUAUUAUCUAAUAUAAGUAUCCAAACUCGGUUUGUUACAUGUCUUCCGUGCGUCACACCGAAAUAGAAAAUGUUGUGAAAUUUAACUUGUUUCGGUAUUCUUAUUACUUAUUAUGUAAAAAAGCAAAAGAAGAUGUGUUCAUAUAGUGUGUUUUCAUUCUUUAGUAAGUGGCGUUUAUGGAUUAAACCGCUGCUGGUAGCUUUGUACGUUAUACUUAUAAUCGUUUUAGUGCCAAUAUUGAUAGCUCAUUCCAUAAGCAAUGGAUUCAGUAAAGCUGACCAAGGCGCCUUGGUGGGAGGUGGAUUCGUCCUAUUGGCGUUGCCCAUCUCUAUAUGGGAGAUCACACAACAUGUAUUGCAUUACACAAAACCUUCUUUACAAAAACAUAUUAUAAGAAUAUUAUGGAUGGUCCCAAUUUAUGCACUAAAUGCAUGGCUAGGCUUACAGUUUCCAGAACAAUCUAUUUAUAUGGAUUCUCUGCGAGAAUGCUAUGAAGCAUAUGUCAUCUACAACUUCAUGAAGUAUUUAUUAAACUACCUCAAUGAAGAUCAAGAUUUAGAAGCACUACUGGAAACAAAACCUCAAGUUUAUCACAUAUUUCCUCUCUGCUGUCUUGCACCCUGGGAAAUGGGAAGGGAAUUUGUCCACAACUGCAAACAUGGCAUCCUGCAGUACACAGUAGUGCGGCCCGUAACCACCGUCAUCUCCAUGAUCUGUGAGCUGUGUGGGGUGUAUGGUGAAAGUGACUUCAACCCUAAUGUGGCAUUCCCUUACAUGAUAGCCAUUAAUAAUCUGUCUCAGUUUUUGGCCAUGUACUGCCUGGUGCUGUUCUAUAGAGCUAACCGGGUGGAGCUGAAGCCAAUGAAGCCUAUUGGAAAGUUUCUUUGCAUAAAAGCUGUUGUUUUCUUCUCAUUCUUCCAAGGUGUAAUUAUAAAUAUUCUGGUUUAUUGUGGAGUUAUAUCAAGCCUAUUUGGAAUACCAGAAUCGGAUACCAAAAUUAUGUCUUCAAAACUUCAGGAUUUCCUUAUCUGCAUCGAGAUGUUUCUAGCGGCCAUCGCGCACCACUACAGUUUCUCGUAUAAGCCGUUCGCGAGGCACGAGCCUGACUCGCGCUCCUGCCUCGGCUCGUUCCUCGCCAUGUGGGACGUGUCGGACGUGAAGCGGGACAUCUCCGAGCACCUCGGCGUUGUUGGGAGCUCGUUCAGCCGGCGCCUGCGAGGCAAGUCCAUGUACCACAUGGCUCGAGGGUACGACGAGAGCUCGCGUCUAGUCAACGAGCCGACCAGCAGCUCGGCGCCGAACCUCACCGUGGAGGAGCCGGCCGUCGACGUCCGGCCCACGGUGUACGGCUCCGUGGACACGACCGUCACCGCCUCCGCGUCGGACUCCGAGCCGCUGCUUGGCUCCGUGAAUGACCCUAUGGCAUGAGUAAGGUCUGGACAUAUGUUUUUAUAGGCACUAUAAAAGAGGCGAUGACGUUUUGGGCUGCGGGCUACCGGCGGCUAUAGCCUAUAGCCGAGAUAAUUGAACUUCGUAAAUUUCGAGCAACUAUCUGUCACUUUAAUUACGCCUUGAAGUAAAAGAAAAAGAUGCAUGAAAUUUUGCGAACUUCGGUGUUCGCGGGAGGCCUUCAGGUUACCUUUGUUAAAUACCUACCUACCUACUGUUGUAACUACUGGUGAAAGUUAGAAAUGAAAUGGUACUUAGAGCAUAAAUGCCACUGGACAUUAUUGUCAUUGCCUCCGCGUCCGAUCUGAGCCAAUACGCGGUUCGGAGGAAUAUAACUUUAAGGCAUGAUUAAGUUUGUUUACGUUCGCGGAAAUUGCGCUCGCGGAAUUAGUCAUACGUGUUUUGAUUUUCAACUUACUUUUUAAUACCCGGUGUGUGUCCGCGAUCGCUCUACAUAUAAACAAAGAGAAUUUAAAGUAGGAGGUGGAUUGUCAAAGAAAACUUUGUAGCCACGGUAAAUUUACUGCUAUCUUUCGAUACAUUAUUAAAACUUUUAGAAUGCCA